AUGGCUGAGGAAGCCACUCAGCAGGCUACUCAGCCAGCAGAGGAUCCUCGCAAAGCCGGCAGGCACCUCUCAGACGUCUCCGCCCAUGAUUUGACCGAUGUGAUCUGUUUGCUGCAUCCCCAGUCAAAUUUGGCGCAGACAGCAGUCCGUGCGACCAUGAUCACCGGGCCGCAGCACAUUCACCAGAAUGAAGAUUUGGACGAUCUUUCCGAAUUCGACCUAUCUUUGCCGCAAUACCAGGAAAGCCGUGAAUUCGCUUUGCGACUCUCGUCAACUGUCAGAUCACCUAGGGACGGCUUCAUCUUUGGGCGCAAUCCAAACAGUUGCGAUGUUCUCCUGACCGACGAUCCCUCAGAGAAGCUCAUCAGCAAUAAACACUUCAAAAUCUACGUCAAUGCGCAUGGUAGCCUCAUGUUACAAGAUCUGUCUACAAAUGGCACUAUUGUGGAUGAUCAGCACCUGCGUGCCAGACGUAGAGAUACUAUGCAGAAGCCCCCGACACUGGCCUUAAAGAACGGCACUAUCAUCUCUGUGGUCAGUGGACCGGCAAGAUCAGAAGUCAAAUUCAUGAUUCGCAUCCCCAACCGGAGCAGUCACGAAGAUGCAUACGAGCGAAAUCUGCGGAAGUAUCUCGAGAUGCGCGGAACUGUGGCCAACUUCGCGUCGAUGCGAGAGAGCAUGUAUGGCAACCACUGGAAUGGCGGCGACUUAUACAACUUUACUGGGAACCUUGGCAAAGGCGCGUUUGCCAGUGUCUACCGUGUUCAGACCAAACGCGAUGGCUACAUCUAUGCUGCGAAAGAGCUAGAUAAGCGGAGAUUUAUCAAGGGUGGAGUGCUUGACAUCAGGUUCGACAACGAGCUCAAAAUCAUGCAGAACCUAAAGCAUCCAAAUAUCGUCGAAUAUGUCGACUGCCAGUUCUACGACCCAUGGGUGUACAUCAUCAUGGAGUACAUUCCUCAUGGCGAGUUAUCGGCGGAGCUGCGCGCGCGCUCGCAUCUCCCAGAAGCUGAGGUUCAACAGAUCACCCGUCAGAUCUUGCAUGCAUUGUACUACCUGCAUCAACGUGGCGUAACGCAUCGAGAUAUCAAACCAGACAACAUCUUGAUCGCCAAUCGAGAUCCACUCACUGUCAAACUGUCCGACUUUGGCUUGUCGAAGUGUGUGACGGAUCAAGAAACCUUCCUCAAAACCUUCUGUGGCACACUCCUCUAUUGCGCGCCCGAGAUAUAUCCCGACUACAACACAUACACACAAGGAUCGAUGCCGAAGCGGCGUCGUCUUGGCGAGGCUCCUCCACGGCCCUCACCAUAUGACGAGUCUGUGGAUAUGUGGUCCUUUGGCGCAGUGAUCUUUCAUCUAUUAUGUGGCAAAGCUCCUAUCGCGGGUCGAGGCGAUGAUCGGGGCGCCCAGAUGCUCAGCAAUAUCAUGACCAAAGAUGUCGACUUCGAGCCCUUGAGGCGACAAGGUGUGAGUGCGAAUGCCGCCGCAUUCAUCGCCGGGCUCCUCAAUCGCGAUCCAUUCCAGCGGCCCAAAGAGCCAGAGUGCCUGCGGCACCCAUGGUUGGUUAACGUUCCUGAUCUGGUCGCAUAUGAAGACGUAGGCCCAGGCGCCGAGGUGUUCCGUCGCGCACUCGAAGCCGUGGACGAAGCUCCAGACGAGGACCUUGACGCCAACGUCCUGGAGCAGCUUAGUCAGGAUCCCAGAACACCUGAGCAGGGAUCGUCAAGCCCUCAGCGUGCACACAAGCGCGUCCGCGCCAGCAACAACGGCCGGGUAGAAGACGAAGUCAGAUAUCCUAGUCUGCCGACUCCGGUCGGCAGUUCCGUUUUAGAAGACGGACCUCCUCCCACACAAGGCAAACUCUUCGGAGAGAUCACCCCAUCCGUCCUCAAAAGCUCUGGAGUUUUCGGAAUGGGAGGCCCGAUAGCGUCCGACCGAUUCCCGUCGCAGAGCUCUGGUGGCUACGGAACUCAGAUGCAUGUUCCUGCAGGCACCACACGAGAUAUUCAAUAUGGCAUGGAGAACAUCAGUGUCAAUGACUGGCGCAACCGGGCGCCGGACGUCAGCAUGCAUGGGACUAGCGACGAUGCUGCCAAGUCAGAAGGUCCCUCCCCAAGCGUGCUAGGGGCUCAGAUCGAGUAUUUGAAUGUCACCUCACCACCGGCUGGAGCGUCGGAUGUAGAUACGCCAGAAACGACAAAUCCGGCUACACCUCAUACAAGGGGGCUGACCCCAUCACGCUUGGUUCCUGGGGCAGGUACCACCACUGGUUAUAAGACCCAGAACAUUGAUGAUGAGGACCUGGGAGAAGCUGUUGAUGAAAAUGUACCGCCUGCUGCAGCCCCUCAUGUAUCUGGCACCCGCGGCGAAGUCGGAGUCGCAACCGUGCAACAAAAGGCCGAGACCUUCCAGGCACGAACAACCUCCUACGAUCAAGGACCGUCUCAAGAGCUUGCUCGCACUAUUGAUGCAUUGACUGGCCGAGAAGUUCCGUCCCCGAUCACGGCUGGUUCAUUCGAGAUCCUGCCGACUAAGAAAGCAGGAGUCAACGUUGGUGGUUGGGACGGGUCCCGGUCCAGGCGAUUCGGAGGGCUGACAAGUCUUCCUGGGUCUUAUGUCAAUGUCGACAUUCCACUACUUGGCCAAGAAACAGCUUGGGGUCGGUCUCCUGCCUGUACAUACCAGCACUCGGAUCCGGAUGAUAUCUUGAUUGCCCGAUUUGCUUUGAAGGUCGUCUUCCAUGCGCGCGGUAUCGAGCCUGUUGUAAAGGCUGGCGGUGACUGGACCGCGGUAAAGGGGAUUGAGACCAUAAUCUCGACCUCCAGCUCAAGCUACAUCUUGAUCAAUGGGGUGAAGUUGCGGAAGAGCACCAGCGAUGACCAUUUCUACAACUACGGCAAGAUCUACAACGGCGAUAUUGUCACGGUGGUUGACGAGACGCAAGGUCAGGGAAAAUUCCUGAGAUUGAAGGUGGAAAUCUUGUUCGGCGACAGUGCCAGACCCCGCCCCAAGGAUGAGGCGAGUUUCUACAUCCAGCAAGGUAGGACUGCUCUAUGGAAAGAGCACCUGGGAGGGCGAAAAAGUGAUGUUGCAGCGGCAGUUCAGAAGUGA